GCUUUGGCAAGGGCAAGAUAAUUUCCAGAUCACAUUCGUCAUGAUAAAUUUAAAUUACCUGUGUAUAUAAAUAAAGAUACCAGCUAAUUAACUCUGUUAGAUUGAGAGCUCAGACUUUCUGUGCUAUUAUAUUAUAUAUACUGCUAUAUUCAAAUACAAGAUAGUAUUACAUCAGUUAAGAUAAAGUGCACCUUGUGAGUUCGGCAAGGGAUUUUCAGUAGUUUUUGGCUAAUACACUCGUGAAAAUGUAUGAUAGCGACAGCGAUAUAGGAUGGACUUUCUAUAAAGACAGACCAGAGUGGAAGGAUAUCACACCUGUUCCAGAAGACGAUGGACCUAACCCUGUAGUAGUUAUAGCACAUUCUGAAAAAUUUGAAGACGUUUAUGAUUAUUUCCGUGCUGUACUACAGAAGAAUGAAAAAUCAGAGAGAGUACUCCAACUCACUAAGGAUGCUGUUGAACUUAAUCCAGCUAACUAUACUGUCUGGCAAUAUAGGAGGGAUAUACUUAAAGCUUUAGGCACUGAUUUAAGAUCUGAGCUGGACUAUGUGGAAUCUGUUAUUAAACAUUCACCAAAAAAUUAUCAGGUAUGGCAUCAUCGUAGGGUGCUGGUAGAGUGGCUUCAAGAUCCCUCACAAGAGUUAGAGCUGACGGGCGAUGCAUUGUUGCAGGAUCCUAAAAAUUAUCAUGCAUGGCAGCAUAGACAAUGGGCGAUGAAAACUUUUGGACUUUACGGUAAAGAAAUGGAAUUUGUCGAGAAUCUGAUUAAAGAAGAUGUCCGCAACAACUCUGCUUGGAAUCAACGAUACUUUGUCGUCAACAAUCACUUCGGCUGGUCUGAUAUGAAUGUACAAAAAGAAAUAUGCUAUGCUAUGGAGAAAAUAAAGUUCGUGAAGAAUAACGAGAGUGCUUGGAAUUACUUGAGAGGUGUAAUGCUGCAUGACAAGAGAGGUAUUAGUGGAAAUGCUGUGGUCACUUCAUUCUGUGAAGAGCUUUAUAAUAAUAAAUGCCGGUCACCUUACCUAUUAGCGUUCAUCAUUGAUAUAUGUGAUGACGCAAUAAAAAAGGGGGAAAGUAGUUCAUUCCACGGUGCCGAUAGAGCAAUUGAACUUUGCCAUGCCUUAGCCACUAAAUAUGAUAAAAUUAGAAGCAAAUAUUGGAAUUAUAUCGGUGAGAAAUUUAAAAAAUUGAAAAAAGAACAAGAGGAUCAACAAAAUAAUACUGAAACUGAAGAAAAUUAAUGUAAAGUAAUUAGAUAGGCGAAACAAAUGUAGAUACUUGUGAAAACAAUUAAAGAUUGUUUGUUCAUUAUGUUCAAAAAUAAUGUAUAUCUGC